AUGGUCCGCUCGGUCGACAUGCUUCACUCCGUGGCCAUGUACCACACUACACAGGAGUAUGAGGCAGACCUGACUCUUCAAGGGGAUGCACUGCAGCGACCAAUCCUUCACAACUCACCCGUCAACGGCGAAGAGAAAGAAACGUUUUCUCCUAAUAAAAAAGCGAAACCGCUGCCGGGACCCAUCCCGGAGAUAGGCAAGAGUGAGCAGGCCAUAGAGAAACGCGAGAAGAUUGCCGCACAUGUCUUCGACGUGACACUCUAUGGCAAUGCCUUCCCGCCCAUGCUUCGAACCAUGCGAUUGGCAAGAAAGCUGGGUCUGCCGGACAAUACCCUUGGCUACGUCGCGGAAGACUCGUACCGAGCUCCUCGGAGUUCUGCGAAACCGUCCAAGUCAUAUCUGGACACGAGAUCAAAUCAGAUGCUGCGUGACCUUCGUGUCAAGAAAAUGAAUCCGGAAUGGAGGGAACGCCUUUUCCAACGAGAGAAGCUCCCUGUCAUGACGGACAGUCGCCACGCACGAUUGAUAAAGGCCCUCGAUAGUUGCGAUGUCCUCGUCGUGCCGGGGAGUACCGGUUCCGGCAAGUCAACUCAAGUUCCCCAGAUUAUUCUAGAUUACGCUAUCCAUGAUGGGAAGGGUGCACAUACCAACGUCAUCUGCUCGCAACCCCGUCGUAUCUCUGCCGUAUCUAUUGCUAGGCGCGUAGCCUGGGAGCGUACAGAAGACCUCGGACAGACUGUUGGCCACCAUAUCCGCUUCUCGCCACAGCUUCCACAUAAGCACGGACACAUUCUCUACUGUACUAAUGGAAUCCUUUGGAAUUAUAUGCACCACCAACCCGACCAUGUGCUGGAUACGGCUUCACACAUUGUGCUCGACGAAGUGCACGAGCGCAGUACUGAGAUAGAUAUUCUUAUGCUAAUCCUGCGCAAACUUAUCCUCAAUCGGAAGGCUCAGGGCAAACGCUACCCAAAAGUAGUCCUUAUGUCAGCCACAAUCGAAAGCAACGAAUUUAUAGAGUAUUUCCGGCAGCCAUUAGACGGAAAGCACGGCUUGACUACCUCCAAGUUUGAAAUUCCUGGACGGCUGUUUCCCAUCACCGACCAUUAUCUGGAGGACAUCAGCGCCCAACUUUCGCAAUCGAGCGAGGGCGCGAUCGGCACCCUGUCGCAAGGACCGGCCGCUAUGUAUAUCAAUGCAGAACUCGAAAGCAACUCUUCAGGCAUCAAUGCAACCCUGCAGUCGGACUCCGAUGCCGUAAGCCCGACAAUUGAGACGCCUUCGCUCAUUGAAGCGGGCCAAGAUUACAUUGUGCCGUUCGAACUGGCGGCAGCGACGGUUAUGCACGUCUUUCAGACUACGAGGAAGGGUGAUAUAUUGGUCUUCUUUCCUGGAUUGAACGAUAUCAACAAGACUGCGGACCUCCUCGAGGCCCAGGAAGCCUUCUGGAACCAGAACACACCGGAGGGCGGAGGUGUCAAGAUCUUCAGACUACAUUCACAGCUCAAUGACACAAACGAUGAAGUCUUUGAGCCCGUUGCCCUAGGCUGGAGAAGGAUCGUCCUUGCCAGCAAUAUCGCCGAAACAUCGAUAACGCUACCAGAGGUAGAGCAUGUGAUUGAUACAGGAACGUCCAAGCUCAUGACACGCGAUAGUGAAACCGCCAGCCGGGGCCUGCUUUGCCAAUGGGCAAGCAGACAAAGCCUUCAACAACGCCGCGGCCGGGCUGGGCGGGUGAAACCUGGCAAUUACUAUGCUCUCUACUCCCGGGCCCGAGAAUUCGAGACUUACCUGACGCCGGAGCUUUUGCGGGAAGAUUUGAUGGGAACCGCACUUGGCUUGAAAACCAUGGUACAAUCUUUAGAUAUUGCCACAGGUUUGACCUCUGCACUAGACAGUCCAAAGGAAGAAGAUAUCGCAAAAGCUAUCCACGGCCUCAAGCAAAUCGGCGCCCUCACAGAAGCCGAAGAAGUCACACCCUUGGGCAGGAUGCUGUCUUCCUUCGGAACGCACCCAAAUUUGGCUAAAGCGGUCAUAUUGGGCGUCCUGUUCCGAUGCCUGGAGCCCAUGCUAAUAGCAGCAUCGAUGGAUGAUGGUGGCGAAGGGAUGAUCGCGAAGGCAGACAGGACUGGGGUUGAGCUUGUCAAGACCCGAUACCACUACGCUAGGGGGACUGACAGCAACAUCAUUGCAAGCAUCAAUGCCUUCAAAGAGCUCGAUGAUGCUAUUACCAGUGGCGAUACGAAUCUGCAGGCGCGAUUGUGCUCCACGCACGGGUUGCGUCGAGACUUGUACCACUACCAGGCCCGAACCGCACGCCAGAUCUGUGAACGACUUCACGCCCAAGGCAUUGCUUCCAUACCUGACCUGGGCGCGGGAUAUUUUCCAAAUAUACCACCGGAGCUCAACACCAACGCUACAUGCACGCCGUUGGUCAAGGUGCUGCUCAUGCUCUCGCUACAACCGGAACUUGCUGCGAGGUGGUCAGCGCAUACCUUCUUCAGCAAACAAGGGCUGCUGAUGCCGGAGUGGCGAGCGGUCAACAGUUUCCUGUCCGCAGGAUUACUGAGGUCAGGUGUAAGCACCCGCGUGUCUGACAGAGGCGACUUGAUGAGCUACGCUUUCGGUAAAUUUGUGCCAGAUGGGAAUCGUAUUGGCAUGGUUGACACACAGACAAUCACGCCAUUGAUGGCGAUGCUAUUUGGCCGGGAAGUCGCACUUGGCGACAGCAAUACGGCGACACUCGAUAAAGCCAUCAAGGUCAAGAUCAACGUGCAAGGUCACGAAGUCAAUUUGCCAACUUCAAAGGCAGCUGUCAUGACGAUGGAAAUGCGCAAGAUGAUUGAGCGAUUCCUGCAUGUUGCCUUCUCGGACCUUCGUAUUGAUGGCAAACCGACAGCCGGAAAGGUCUCGCAAUACAACACAAUGUUUACCGAGAAGCACGAGUUACGAGACGCAUUUACCAAAGGUUUGAUCGAGAUCCUGGAUGCUGAUGCGGAAGCAGAGAAGACUGUGCUGGAUGAACGAUGGCUUGCAUGGACUGAGGAAGAUUCGCGAAAGCUGUCGGAUUUAGCGAAGCGGCAGGCUGAGGCGGACAAGAAGAAGGCGAAACCGGGAAUAUCCAAUGAAGAAGCUGUUGCUUCAGACAAGUCGGCGGUUUCUUUGACUAGCAUUCAUCAGAUGCUGUCAAACCUGCCAGGUCGCCCUGUAACAAAAGCUGUGUAG